GAACAGGAAGGACACUGCAGGAAGCACAAAGGACAUGAGACGCGGGAAACAAGAAAGACAAGGAGAGAGCAAGUACGCGGGAGGGAAGCCAGAGACAGGAUGCUUACCGCGAAGAGUUAACUACGUUCCAGCGUAUGCUACAUUGGUCCGCUGGCCUUUAUGCUGCUUGUCUUGAUUAGUCCCAGGUGCGCAGGUUGCUAAUUGCCUGCAGCUUUGUUGUUGUGGGGGCGUGGAGCGCCCAGCGCGAGCAGGGCCGUGUUCUGGAGUGCUGCCAACAGAGGUGCUGGCAGCACAAGCUGCCGAUGCAAGGCGGGUUCGAGCCCGCGCCGUGACAUCUGGGGAGCUCAUCAGGUGUGUUGAGUGAUUGACUGGCGAUUGAAUGCAGCCGCCUGCUGCAGCCGAAGUGGCGCGCACAGAUGAAUGCGGGCCGUGACACCCCAUCCAUUUGUGCCACACGUUUGUCUAACUAUUAUAGUUUAUUGUUUUUAUGUUAUUAAUGUUUUAUAGUUUUUAUUUUAUCAGUGUUUAAUUAUUCAUAACUAGCACCCAACUUGUUGAAAUCACCCCAAACUUGUCCCACUCAUUUGUGCAGCAUUUGUGCUGCAGUUUUUUGGUCUAUCGUUUUUAUGUUGUUAAUGUUUUAUAGUUUUUAUGUUAUCAGUGUUUAAUUAUACAUAACUCGCACCCACCUUGUUAAAUUCACCCCAAACGUGUUCCAUUCGUUUGUUGCAACAUUUGUGCUGCAGUUUUUUUUGGUUUGUUAUUGUUUUAUGUUAUUAAUAUUUUAUAGUUUUUAUGUUAUCAGUGUUUAAUUAUACAUAACUAGCACCCAUAUUGUUGAAAUCACCCCAAACUUGUCCCACUCAUUUGUGCAACAUUUGUGCUGUAGUUUUUUGGUCUAUUAUCGUUUUUAUGUUAAUGUUUUAUAGUUUUUAUUUUAUCAAUGUUUUAUUAUUCAUAACUAGCACCCACCUUGUUAUAAAUCACCCCAAACUUGUCCCACUCAUUUGUGCAGCAUUUGUGCUGCAGUUUUUUUGGUCUAUUAUCGUUUUUAUGUUAAUGUUUUAUAGUUUUUAUUUUAUCAAUGUUUUAUUAUUCAUAACUAGCACCCACCUUGUUAUAAAUCACCCCAAACUUGUCCCACUCAUUUGUGCAGCAUUUGUGCUGCAGUUUUUUUGGUCUAUUAUCGUUUUUAUGUUAUUCAUGUUUUUAUGUUAUCAGCAUUAUUUACGACUAGCACCCACCUUGUUAAAUUCACCCCAAACGUGUCCCAUUUGUUUGUGCAACAUUUGUGCUGCAGUUUUUAGUCUGUUAUUGUUUCAUGUUAUUAAUGUUUUAUAGUUUUUAUGUUAUCAGUGUUUAAUUAUACAUAACUAGCACCCACCUUGUUGAAAUCACCCCAAACUUGUCCCACUCAUUUGUGCUGCAGUGUUUUGGUCUGUUAUCGUUUUAUGUUAUCAGUGUUUAAUUAUACAUAACCAGCACCCACCUUGUUAAAAUCACCCAAACGUGUCCCAUUCGUUUGUGCUACGUUUGUGCCGCACGUCUGUCGAACUAUUAUAGUUUUAUGUUAAUAAAGUUUUAUAGUUUUUAUGUUAUCAGUGUUUAAUUAUCCAUAAUCAGCACCCACCUUGUUGAAAUAACCCCAAACUUGUCCCACUUAUUUGUGCAGCAUUUGUGCUGCAGUUUUUUGGUCUAUUAUCGUUUUUAUGUUAAUGUUUUUUUAGUUUUUAUGUUAUUAAUGUUUUAUUAUUCAUAACUAGCACCCACCUUGUUAAAAUCCCCCCAAACUUGUCCCAUUCGUUUGUGCAACAUUUGUGCUGCAGUUUUUUGGUCUGUUAUUGUUUUAUGUUAUUAGUGUUUUAUAGUUUUAUGUUAUCAGUGUUUAAUUAUAAAUAACUAGCACCCACCUUGUUGAAAUCACCCCAAAUGUGUCCCACUCAUUUGUGCAGCAUUUGUGCUGCAGUUUUUUGGUCUAUUAUCGUUUUUAUGUUAAUGUUUUUUAGUUUUUAAGUUAUUAAUGUUUUAUUAUUCAUAACUAGCACCCACCUUGUUAAAAUCCCCCCAAACUUGUCCCAUUCGUUUGUGCAACAUUUGUGCUGCAGUUUUUUGGUCUGUUAUUGUUUUAUGUUAUUAGUGUUUUAUAGUUUUUAUGUUAUCAGUGUUUAAUUAUAAAUAACUAGCACCCAUCUUUUUGAAAUCACCCCAAACUUGUCCCAUUCGUUUGUGCAGCAUUUGUGCUGCAGUUUUUUGGUCUAUUAUCGUUUUUAUGUUCAUGUUUUUUUAGUUUUUAUGUUAUUAAUGUUUUAUUAUUCAUAACUAACACCCACCUUGUUAAAAUCCCCCCAAACGUGUCCCAUUUGUUUGUGCAACAUUUGUGCUGCAGUUUUUUGGACUGUUAUUGUUUUAUGUUAUUAAUGUCUUAUAGAUGUUAUGUUGUCAGUGUUUAAUUAUACAUAACUAGCACCCACCUUGUUGAAAUCACCCCAAAUGUGUCCCACUCAUUUGUGCAGCAUUUGUGCUGCAGUUUUUUGGUCUAUUAUCGUUUUUAUGUUAAUGUUUUUUAGUUUUUAAGUUAUUAAUGUUUUAUUAUUCAUAACUAGCACCCACCUUGUUAAAAUCCCCCCAAACUUGUCCCAUUCGUUUGUGCAACAUUUGUGCUGCAGUUUUUUGGUCUGUUAUUGUUUUAUGUUAUUAGUGUUUUAUAGUUUUUAUGUUAUCAGUGUUUAAUUAUAAAUAACUAGCACCCACCUUUUUGAAAUCACCCCAAACUUGUCCCAUUCGUUUGUGCAACAUUUGUGCUGCAGUUUUUCAGUCUGUUAUCGUUUUUGUGUUGUUAAUGUUUUAUAGAUGUUAUGUUAUCAGUAUUUAAUUAUACACAACUAGCACCCACCUUGUUGAAAUCACCCCAAACUUGUCCCACUCAUUUGUGCAGCAUUUGUGCUGCAGUUUUUUGGUCUAUUGUCGUUUUUUAUGUUAUUAAUGUUUUUUAGUUUUUAUGUUAUCAAUGUUUUAUUAUUCAUAACUAGCACCCACCUUGUUAAAAUCCCCCCAAACUUGUCCCAUUCUUUUGUGCAACAUUUGUGCUGCAGUUUUUUGGUCUGUUAUUGUUUUAUGUUAUUAGUGUUUUAUAGUUUUUAUGUUAUCAGUGUUUAAUUAUAAAUAACUUGAUUGUUUUGAAAUCACCCCAAACUUGUCCCAUUCGUUUGUGCUACGUUUGUGCCGCACCUCUGUCUAACUAUUAUAGUUUUAUGUUAACAAAGUUUUAUAGUUUUGAUAAUGUUUUAUGAUUCAUUACCAGACCCCCCCACCUUGUCAAAAUCACCCCAAACGUGUCCCAUUUGUUUGUGCUACGUUUGUGCUUCAGUUUUUUGGUCUGUUAUCGUUUUUAUGUUGUUAAUGUUUUAUAGUUUUUAUGUUAUCAAUGUUUAAUUAUACAUAACUAGCACCCACCUUGUUGAAACCACCCCAAACGUGUCCCAUUUUUUUGUGCAACAUUUGUGCUGCAGUUUUUCGGUCUGUUAUAGUUUUUAUGUUGUUAAGGUUUUAUAGAUUUUAUGUUAUCAGUAUUUAAUUAUACAUAACUAGCACCCACCUUGUUAAAUUCACCCCAAAUGUGUCCCAUUCGUUUGUGCUAUGUUUGUGCCGCACGUCUGUCUAACUAAUAUAGUUUUAUGUUAAUAAAGUUUUAUAGUUUUUAUGUUAACGUUUUAUGAUUCAUUACCAGACCCCCCACACCUUGUCAAAACCACCCCAAACGUGUCCCAUUUGUUUGUGCUACAAAAGUUUUACAUAACCAAAGUGUUAUCAUUCAUAACCAGCCCCAUAACAUAAAAAUAAUAAUGAGCAAAAACAUUUUGCAGCACAAACGUUUGGGACAAGUUUGGGGAGAUGUUGACAAGGAUGGGGGACUGAUUAUGAAUAAUGAAAUGUUAAAAACAUAAAAACUAUGAUUGUUAGACAAAAAUAAUUUGCGGCACAAAAGUUUGGGGAGAUUUAGACAAGGUGUUGGGGGGGCUGGAUGACGUCACUAGUCAGAAAGUGUAUUUUAACGUAACGAAUGAACAAAGGAAAAUGUUUAGAGCACAAACGAGUGACAGUGUUGUUGUCAGUGUGUGCAAUGAUGAGGGGGAGAACUUCACACAGGAGCUCCAAUAACAGGGAGUUGAAGUCCCCAACAUGCCAACCAGCAGAGAGACAACCACAAAGCACAAACCUCUGCAGACAGCAGACAUGGACUUUAGCGGCACCUGGCAGGUUUAUUCUGAGGAAAACCUUGAGGGCUUCCUCAAAGCGUUGGGUAAGAUGUGUGGUCUUUCUGUGGCUUAUUUGUGCGUUCAUGCAAACAUGUCUCUUCAUAGGCGCGCCUGAGAUGGUUGUGAAAAUGCGUAAGAAGGUGAAGCCACUGAUGGUGAUAGAGCGUAAAGGCAACGAUUUGAGCUACACGCUUAAAACCCCCAACUUCACGGUCACUAAUUCAAUCAGCAUCGGGAAGGAGGCGGAAAUUACUGCGAUCGAUGGCAGGAAAGUCAAAUGCACCGUCCGAGAGGAGAACGGAAAGCUGAUCACUGAGAGCGACAAGUUCACUUCGGUCCGAGAAAUACAAGGCCAGGAAAUGAUUGAGACAGUCACAGCUGGCUCUGCCAUUCUCAUCAGCAGAAGCAGAAGAGUGUAAAAUGUUCGGUCAGCUACCAACAAGGAUAAAGCAUCAUAAAUAUAAUAAUAAAGAUGAAUAAUCAAACAAAUAA